CCCGGCCAGCCCGCAGAGAGGAGAGCUCCCCACAGUCCCAGUGGUGCUGAUGAGACUAGAGACUGAAAUGCUGUGACUCCUUGGACACAUGGCAAAUUCUACCUCCUCUAGGGAGAAGAGGCGGCCCAUCGUGGAGUCGGACGGAGACCCACUAAACUCCUCCUGGCAAAUGUGGCCCUCACAAGCCUGGACCAGAGCAUCCGGCAGGUCCUACCCCGGCAAGAGCGACUUGUCUGACUCUUUCGAUUCCUCCGCCCGUGAGCCUCCCCUGCCUGCCCAGCCGCCCGUCGGGGACGUUCCCCGCAGCUCGGAGAACCAAGAGGCCUCUCCCUUGAAGCCCGUCAGGCGUUUUAUCCCGCGGUCGUGGAAGAACUUUUUCCAAAGAUGGAGGCGAGAGCCCGAGCCGUUCCUGCCGCUGGCCUACGCCGCCGCCCGGUGCUCCCCACCCGUAAGUCCAUUGUUAGAUCGCCACGGGCCAGUCCGCGAGGGCAGCUCCAGCAGCGGUUUCCAGGAACCCUCUUGGUCCAGCCCCUCUGAGUGUCACCAGGAGACAGAGAUGUCUCCCCCCAAGAGCCAGCAGGGCCAACCCGCCUUGCUGAGCUACGAGGAGAAGCUGGAGGCCUACAACCUCAAGUACUCCUACAUGAAGUCCUGGCCAGGCUUGCUCAGGCUGAUGGCCGGGCUGGAGCUGCUCUUUGGCGGCAUGGUCUUUGCCUGUGUCUGUGCCUACAUCCAGAAGGACUACCAGUGGUACAACCUGUACGGCGGGAACCUGCUGUCAGACGGCCUUUUUGGGGGAGGCUAUGGGUACAAUUAUUACGGCCCCAUGACCCCCUUUGUGCUGGUGGUGGCCAGCCUGGUGUGGCUGGUCACGGUGAUCCUCUUGGGGCUGGGGGUCACCAUGUACUAUAGGACCAUCCUCCUAGACUCCCACUGGUGGCCCCUGACGGAGUUCGCCCUCAACAUCAUCAUGUUCCUCCUCUACAUGGGGGCGGCCAUCGCCUACGUCAACGACGUGAACCGCGGCGGCCUCUGCUACUCCCUGUUCGCCAGCAACCCACUCAUAGCCGCCUUCUGCCGAGUGGAAGGGGGCCAGGUAGCGGCUCUCGCCUUCCUCUUCAUCACCACCCUGCUCUACCUGGCCGGGGCGCUGGUGUGUCUGAAGAUGUGGAGGCACGAGAUGGCGAGGAAGCAGCGGGAGGCCUUUGAAGUGCUACACAAUCCCGUCCUCCUGCAAGCCAGACCCAAGCGGAUCUUCUUCCAGGACGAGGUGAUGCCAUCCGGGAGCCUCCCAGGGAAGGUCACCAAACAGCUGGGGUUCUCCGAGAAGGGCGAGGCGUCGGGGGCCUUGAGUUGCUCCAUCCCAACAGGGCACACCCCAAAGCCGCACAUCGUCCCCGACUAUGUUGUGAAGUACCCGGGGAUCUGCUGCCCCGAGGAGAGAGAGAAGUACAAGGCCGUCUUCAACGACCAGUACGCGGAGUACAAGGAGCUCUACCACGAGGUCCAUGCGGCACUGCAGAAGUUCAAGGAGCUGGACGCCAUGAUGAGCCGGCUUCCGCAUCGCACGCCCAGCAAGAAGGAACAGAGCCGGGUCUCCAACAUCUGGAAGGAAUACAAGAAGAAGAAGAGGGACCCCGCCUUCCUGGAGAAGCAGGAGCGCUGCGACUACCUGAAGAAGAAGCUCGCGCACAUCAAGGCGCAGAUCCAGGAGUACGACCGGACGGCCAAGGAGGGCUCCAUGUACUUCUGAGCCUGGCACCUGGGGGGUGGCACCAUGCCGCCCCUGGGCUGGUUCCCAACACCCCGGCCCCCAGCCCUGAAUUGCUCUGGGGCUUGCCGAUGUCUGGGGGACCUUGGCCAGAAAGAGAGCAGGAUACAGGACACUGGGGACUGCUCAGGGGGCUGGAACAAUUUGUAUAGUGGGGGUGCUGAGAGCCAUUGAACCAAACUGUAAACCCUGUAUAUGAUGGAAAGCACUCCAAGCCAGGGGGUGCGGCUGCCCCCUAGUUCCUGCACCUAUGGGGGUGCUUGUGCCUUGUGGCUCCUGUGCAUAACACACCCUAGCUGGGUCACGUGUGGGUCAGGCACCAUCCCUGCCCCGUGCUGCCCCCGAACCAGCAGUGCUGAUGUGCACUCUCCAGGUGGGACUGAAGCUGGGGGUGGGAGGACUGGGGCUCCAGGCGGGGCGGGGAGUGGUGCAUCGCUCCUGCUCAUGGGAAUAGGUAACUGGGGUGGGCCGCGCAUCUGCUCCAGCCAGCAGCGUCCAGACCCUGUGGAGAAGCUGUGAAACUGGACAGCGCUUCUGGCUGAAGGGAGCUGGUGUGACGGGGGAUAAAACACCCCCGGGCCUGGCUCUGUGCUCAUUUCAUGCUGGUGUAAAAGCGGGAGUCACGGCACUGAAGACAGUGGACUUGCGCUGGUCUGAAUCAGGUCGUUGACUUCAGCGGGGGCAAGACUGGGACCCUGACUCCUGGAGCCCUGGGAGCCAGGCCAGAGAUUGCCUCUUACGCGCAUGACUUCAUCGCCACGCUCACUUACUCUGUCUGCAAAGCAGCCAUCGGAGGAGGGGGCCAGCGUUCAUCUGUGCAGCAAAACCUGAGCUUUGGGGGGUGCCCGUAACUGUCUGUAAGGAGCGACGGCUUCGCCUUUGAAUAAAAGACACCUGGCCGUC